AUGGCGAAGACGCGGUUCCUUCUCGAGCUCCUGGUUCUGGGGAGCCUGGUGGUGGCACAGAAUACCUCAGUCUCGUCCUAUCCUGAUACCGACGUCGUCAUCGUAUCCAACAAUGACUUGAACCCGUCUAACCCAGAUCGCGCCAGCGCACUCUUCCUGACGAACUCGUUUACGUGUGCAGAGGCAUAUGCAGCUUGCGCGCAAUUGCAGGAGACCUUGCUUCCCUCGCCGAAUAGCACGGGUCUCAACGCGCAGAACCUGUCGGUGGCCCUCACCAGUUGCUCAGUCUUCACCCCGAGCUAUGAUUCCACAGAUGACUACCCGGGUUCUUCUACGCUUUCAACUGCCGACCUCAGCGCACGUCUGCCCGUGCUCUGCACGAACUCCGCACCCCUCACGCGUUCGAAUAUCACCGCGGACACGUCGCGCCAGAUCCAGCUCUCCACCCCUGCAGCGGGUACCCUAGUCGGCUACCGCGACAAGUUCAGCUUCCGGUUCCUGGGUAUCAAGUACGCAGAGCCACCGACUGGGGAAGCGAGGUUCCAGCCUCCGACGCCGGUGCAGGCGUCCCCGUACACGGUGCGCUCGGCGCUCGAGUAUGGCCCCACAUGCGCCCAGCCUCCUGAUGCCGACAAUGGCCAUGAAUGGUACGAUGCCGAGGAUUGUCUGCAAGUCAAUGUAUUCUCGCCGGUUGUCAACUCUGGGACGAACUCAGUGCAGACUGCGCCCAAGCUGCCCGUCAUGUUCUUCAGUGCGUCUCUUUCAGUGGUCUCCUUUGCAGUUCAUGGCGGUGGUCUGAACACAGGUGAUAGUGGUCCGAUCCCCUUCAACGAGACGUCGAGUGGUUAUGUCGGCCCGUCGACCUCGAACAUCUUCGACGGUACCAACCUGGUGUCCUAUGGAGGCGUCGUCCUUGUCACGGUCAACUACCGCUUGACUGCAUUCGGAUGGUUCAACGCCUCGAACGCGGCACUGAGGGACACGCUCUUGGCGUUGCAGUGGGUGCAAGAUAACAUCGAGGCUUUCGGUGGAGACCCCACGCAUGUGCUGAUCUUCGGUGAAUCAGCGGGAGGAGGAAUGACGAGGUACCUGCUCGGGACCAACCCAGCCUACACCGAGGGUCUGUUCAGCGCUGCCAUUCUGGAGUCUGACUGGCCCACUAGCAACCAGUUCUACUCACCCGCUAGGUCCCUCGAGCUGUCUCUAACGCUUGCCAAAGCUCUCGGGUGCGCGGACAACUCGUCCACCGAGUUCAACGAGACCAUGGCGGUUUGCGUCCGUGCUCUUCCCACUAUGGACAUCGUCGCGACCUCGUACGACCUGAACCUCUCAUGGGAGAUCAUUGUCGAUGGUGACCUCGUCCUCACGGAUAUCGCGAGUAGUAUCAAGGAUGGAAACUACGCGCGCGUCCCAACCAUCUGGGCCACGAACGAAUGCGAAUAUUGCUUCUUCAUCCCUGACUCGAUACCCACGAACGCCUCACCAUCUGCCUUCCCGGACAACCUCGACAUAUGGUUCAAUAGCACACAGGUGCAGAAGAUCCUCGACGCCCCGCCGGACCUAUACCCGUACGCGACUGCACCGUCAGGGGGCGACCUAGACGGCACGGUCCUGCAGCUCGCACAGCUCAUAACCGACUGGUACCUGCACUGCCCCAUGCUCUACCUCUCAUCCCUCGCAGAUAACACCACGAACCCGGGGAACAACUACAAAGUGAUGUUCGCCGUCGGCCUCGGGUCCACCAUCACUGCGAAUCCGAGGACAUGCCCCGGGCAGGUGUGCCACGCGGACGAGCUCUACUGGGUGUUCGCCACGGCGGAGACGGACAACCUGUACCAGCCCUUGACGCCGAGCGAGCUUGCAACGACGCAGGAAGUCAUCAAGCGGUGGACGUCCCUCGCGUGGACUGGCAACCCGAACUAUGAAGGCGCGGUGGUCGAGUGGCCGCCGUACACGGGCGACAACGAGGUCAUCAUAAACGCUACCGCGACAGAAACGAUCGAACCGUACCGAGUCGCUCAGUGCGACUUCAUCGAGAACCAGCUUGGGUUGGUUUUCGGACAGUCAUGA